GAUACUGGACUUUUGCCUGAUUAUGUUGUGGCACAUUAUGGCUUUCCAAAUUUCGAAACUUUUAUGAAAUCUGAAAUGAUGAAGGAUUAUGUAAGAUUGCAAUUAAUUGAAGGAAAACAUUGUUUUUUGCCGAAAAAUUGUGAAAGAUUUGCCCAUAUACGGAAUGAACAAGAAAUUGAGCGAGCUGCGACUUUGCUAGCUCAAACUCGAGAGGAAAAUGAAAAAUUAUGUCGUGCACUUUUACCAGAAAAUAGAGAGGCUACAUUAAAAGGUCGUAAAUUAAUUUCGGAAUUGAUUUAUGAAUUGGGAGGACAAGAUAACCCUGUUAGUUGGACAUCAGUUCAGAAGAAAUAUAAAGAAAAAUAUAAUGAGGAAUUGGCUGGAGAGGCGCUUAAACGAAUGUUUACGCGUGACAAAGCUAUCAAAAUUCUUGAGACAUUGUUUAACUAUGAAUUGCAAUUAUUCCAAGCUAACUUACCUGGACAUUUUUUCUUACAAUUAAAAAUGCCGUACAAUGAUCUUUUAAAUUACUACGAGACAGAAUUACAAAAUCAUAAUGAAGCUAAAGCCCAAAUGAAGAAUGUUGCUGGAAGAGCUUUGCGUCCAAAGGCGAAUUAUCCUAAACAACCAAAGGUUUUCCCGACUGGCCCUUUCUAUCCUUCUUUUGUUCCACCACCGCCUCCUGCUCAACCUGUUAAAAAAUCUUUGGAUGUUCCAACUGGUGGUGGUCAGACAAAUAAUGUUAAUAAUAAUGUUUCUACGUCAAAUCAACCAAGUUUGCCAACUACUUCUAAUGCUGCACCUAAAAAGUCAAAAUUCGAUAUUUCCCCAGAAGAAAUUGGCCUAUCAUCAACCAAAAAACAAUCAUUUACAGAAAUGAUAAAUGAUGAAGAAGCUGAUAUUGCUGAAGAAAGAAAGAUUACAGUGAAGUAUAAUAGAAAAGGUUGGGAAGAAGAAAGUAGUGUUCCAGCUUAUGAAAUUGGUGCUGGUGUAGGAGGAAGUGGAACUGGUGGAGGAGGAACUGCUGGAGGUGGAAUGGAAAAACCGUCGAGAUUGGACACUCCUAUAAAUCAAAAUGUAAAUAAUGGUAAAAAUGAAGUUGUGGAAGGAGAAGCUGUUGAAAAUGAUAACAAGAAAAAGACUCGUUAUACUUCUCGUAUUGUUGGCCAAGACUUCACCGAUUCUGAAGAGAGUGGUGAUGAUGAGGAUGAAAUUGUGUCAGUUAAACGUCCAGCAAGUGAAGGACAACAAAAUGUGAUUUCCAACCAAAAAUCUGAUGGAGAAAAUUUGACAUCUUUUGUGCCUCAACCUGUACCGCAACCUGCAACAAUUUCCAGUAGCACUACUUUUGUUCCUCCUCCACGUUUGUCUGGUCAUCGUGCUGGAAUUCACAAGUUUAUGCAAGAGAAGGUUGAACAGAAAAAAAUGGAAGGAGCAACAACAACUACACAACAACAGCCAAACCCAUCUUCACUUAAACCAAAAAUAAAGCGUUAUCCUGUUAAUUAUUCGUCUGAUGAAUAUGAUGAGGAUGAUAAUAUUUUUAAUGAACAGCAAAAGCCAAGGGAGAAGGAGAAAAGUGUCGAGAAUAUUUUUGGUGGUGGACGUGUUGAACAACAAGGAAGAGGAGGAACUAGCACAAACAACAAUUCAUCCACUAUGUUUAACUCAUCUCUUCCUUCCCAACAACAGCCUCAACAAUCUCAACAACAGCCCACUUCUUCUACACGUCAUUUGUCAUCAGCAUUCUCAAGUAGUUCAAUAAAUCAGCAACAACAGAACAACAAUGCGAGUACUUUCAACUCACCUCAAAAGAACAUCAAAAUUGAUUCUGAAUGGUUACUUGUAGAUAAAGUUGAAUGGUUACGUAAUGAAGCUAAUAAACAAAAAAUGUCUCAUGAAAGUCGUCCUGAUGAGGGUUCUUUUAUCUUCCGCAAAGGAAACGAAGUUUUGGUGUUGACAGAAUCUGAUGAUAAAAUUCGAGCAUCCAAGCAUUGUGAUGGUAGAAUUAAGUGGGAUGCUUAUUUUCCUAAGACGGAAUGGAAAUUAUUUUCUAUAACUAUACUUGGACUUGUCUAUUCGUUUAUGCUUCGCGGUGAGUGAAAAAAAUAUGUUUAAAAAGUAAUAAAUCAAUGAUUUGAUAAAAUAGUUUUGAGCGGGUUUUGUAGAGAAGAUGGAUAAAAUUUUUAAUUGAGAAAAUUUGGAUUGGAGG